AUGCCUCAGUUCACGGAAAACAAUGAAACUGUGGCACAGUCUAGUAAUGAAACGAUGAAUUUUGACGAGUUCGUAAAAGCAAAUAUUUGUCGCAAUAUAGUAGCCAAAAUAUGCUUUCAUGACAUUGAUGAUAACGCUGAUGGCUACGUUACACGCGAAGAAUUAGCCGAAUAUUACCGAAGACAGGAGAUACUUGGAAGAGAGUUGGCGGAAACCCGUAAUAGACUAAACUUCCAGAUUGCCGACAAGAAUUCAGACGGAUAUAUAUCGGUCGAAGAAAUCAAAGAUUUUGGAGAGAAAGAAAUGAAAGUGAAAACCGACAAUGCGUUUCUGGGCUUCUUUUCUGCUACCGACAAAGACAAAGAUAAUGCACUAAACUACACAGGUUGCAGUUUAACUUACCCAUUCUGGUGA